AUGAUAACUCGCGCCAGAGCCUUCUCUACACAAGCGCUGAAGGUUGUCAAUAAUGUUGCUAAGCAACAAUUUGUUGUGACUCUUAAAAAUGCAGAGGCAACAAUAACUUAUGACAAGAAAGAUAAGCAAAUAACUUUCAUUCACACAAAUGUACCAAAGGAAUUUCAAGGAAAAUGUGUUGGGAAGUUAUUAGCUCAACAUGCAUUUGGUUUUGCACUGGAGAACACUUUGGAUGUAAUUUGCAAGUGCCACUUUCUUGCCAAGUGUAACAUACAUUAUUAUUUAAGAGAAAAAAGUUAUGGGAAAGCUAAAACUAUUUCUAAACAAGCUUCAUCACAUUAUAAUGAAAAUGUAGAAUUUUUGUUUUAUCAUGGUUUAUCUAAUAUCUUGGAAGGGCAAGUUCAAAUAGGAAUUAAUGACUUAACACCUUUACAAUCUGAUAGAGAUUUAAAAUUUGCUAUAGUUAUGUGUCUAAUAUAUGGAUAUAAACAAAUUAGUACUUAUGAAAGAGAUGACUUGUACAUCUUAGAAUCAAAGUUAAAAGAAGAACGCAAGCAAGCAAAUGCCUCAUCCUUCUAUUAUGCUGGUUUAUUUUUGUCUUUCGCUGAAAAAUAUGAAAAAGCCUCAGAAUAUGUAAAUAAAUGCCUAAAAAAGGACCCUAAUAAUAUUGAUGCUAUAAUUCUCAAAGGAUGGAAUAAUAUGUAUUUGAAUCUUGGUGAAAUUCAAACUUCAAUUCUGGAUUGCCUAGAAUUAGCUUUACAGAAAAGUGAUAGAAAUGUUGAGGCAUUGUUAGGAUUGGCAAAGUUUAAAUAUUUUGCAAGAGAUUUUGAUGCUUCUAACCUAUUAUUGGAUAAACUAAUAGUUAAUAAUCCAGGUCAAGUUGUGCCUAUCAUAGAAAAGUUAAAAAAUCAAUUUGCUACCCAGAAAUGGGAUGCAGUAUACGAUGCAAUAGAAAGAGUACUUUCGUUGGAACCAACAAAUAUAGAGGCCCUAAAAUUAAAAAUAUUUAUAGCGCUUUGUAAAAAUUCAGAUUACAUUGAAGCAGUUGAUCAACUUAAUAAAUUUUUCACUGUACUACAGGAGGAAGAAACCAGUAACGGAUUUCUUUUUUUUGAUACAGCACAAUUAUUUUCUAAAAUAUGUGGAAGGUCCAGUGCAGUUCUUUCUCAAGUAUUUAGAUUUGCCCAAUAUGCAUCAGAAAUGUAUUCAAACAAUGUGGAUUAUUUAAGUGAAGUCGGCUAUCAAUGCAUUUUACAAGGGAAAUAUAAAGACUCCUUAAAUUUCUUCAAAGCUGCCAGCAAAAUUGAUAGUAACUCUAUAACUGCAUUAUGUGGACUAACUUUAUGUCAAAUGUUUGAAAAUGGCCCAGUUGAUCAAAUAGCUCAGCAAAUUGAACUUUUGUAUGAAAUGCAAGGGAACCAAAAGUUUCCAAUACUAUAUUUAUUAUCAGCUCAAUUGAACAGCAAGAAUUCUAAUGCUGUAUCAUUCUUAAACAAAGCAAUAGAUGCCCAAAUUGCUCAGGCUGAUAUUCAUCCCUACAGCUUAACAUACAUUAAAAAUUUGGAUCCUGAUUUUUUAUUGGAAGUAUAUAAAGAAUACAAAAAGCAUUUACCCAAAAAGCCACUCGUGAUUGUUGGCCAUUUGUUAUAUUCACAAGAAGAAAGUAAUACUUUAGUAUCAAAUUGCAUGAAGCUAUUAAAUACAAUUUGCAAUUCAUGUCCAGGUUUGUUGACAGCUUUGUAUGAACUAGCAAAAUUGAAAUUUUCAUUUGGUUAUGCGAAUGACGCUCUAAAAUUGGCCCAACAAGUGGGUGAGAUUGACAACACUCAUGCCGGCAGCCAAGUUUUGAUUGCUCAAAUUUAUAUCCAACAGGGAGCUUUUACUAAAGCAGCCCAAUGCUUAGAAAUGUGUCUAAGUUAUAAUUUCAAAGUCCGUGACAGUGCCAUGUACCAUUUCUUAAAUGGUAUUAUUCUGAAGAAUAUGAAUCAAUUGCAAGAUGCCUUAUCCAGCUUUACUACGAGUCUACAAAUAUUGACAAGUAGAAGCAAUAUAAGCAGGCAUAAUGAAUCUGAUCUAAAUAUAAUAGAUAAAGCUACAUUAUUUCUGGAAAUCAUUGAAUUGCAAACAACUUUGGGACUAUUAGGGGAAGCAGGUAAAACUAUGCAGGAAGCCAUUCAGGAAAUAUCCUACACAUCGGAAGAAAGCCGUUUACUUAUAGCUCGAGCAGACUUAGCCUUACAGAAAGGCGAUAUCGACAAUGCCAUAGACAUUCUUAACGAAGUCAAACCUGGCCAGCCUUAUUACUUUCAAGCUCAUAGCAAAAUGGCGCAUAUAUACUUGAAAGAGAAAAACGACAGAGCAAUGUUUACAUCUUGUUUCAGAGAUAUAGUUAACAAUCAUCCCAUGACAGACGCUCAUACGAUGAUGGGCGAUGCUUAUAUGUCAAUUCAUGAACCCACACAAGCAGUCGAGUCAUACGAAGUAGCAUAUAAAGGAAAUCCUAAAGACAUCCAGCUUGUGAAGAAACUUGGGCUCGCGUUAGUGAAGAUGCACGAGUAUGAUAAAGCGGCACAACAUUACGAAAACGCCAUUAAGCUGUUGAACGAUGAUGAAUUGAAAUUUGAAUAUUUAGAAUUACUUAUGAAGCUAAAACAGUACAACAAAGUGGAUUCAAUAAUAUCUUCGGAACUAAAUCAAGUGUACAAUAAAGAAAAAGACAUAAAUACUUUAAAACGACGCAUACGCUUGUUACUCACUCAAGCAAAAUGCCGUGAUAUGAAAGCCCCUCAAACCAACACAAACUUAAUCUUAGCAGAAGCUAAAGAUUUGCAAAUGGCGGUUUUAAAGAGAACAGAGAUAGAGUCGAGAGGAGAUUUGGAGGAAGAAAAGAAGCGGUUGUCAACGAUUUUAUGUUCGUUGGCGAAAAUUAAAAGUAUCAAGGAACCAGCUGUUGCUGCUAAUUUGUAUUCUGAAGCGUUGAUUCAUGUACCACGAGAUCCUAAUACUUUGUUGGACUUAGCUAAGUUAUAUGCACAAAUGAACAAUCCAGAAAGAUGUGAACAAACCUGCGCUGUGCUACUCAAUGCAGACCCUAAUAAUGAAUCAGCAGCAGUUAUGAUGGCUGAUUUGGCAUUUCGAAAAGUAGAUUUAGAAACAGCACAACGUCAUUUAGAACAGAUUCUGUCAGUGAAGGCGACGAGCUGGGAGGCGCUCGCGCAACUCAUAGAAGUGCAAUGGCGUCGCGGAAAGUUGGCCGACGUGGAACAGGUUAUAGAGAACGCUAAGAAUAUGAUGGAAAAUCAAGAUGAUACUGGCUAUUCGUACUGUGUCGGUAUAUACUCAAUGUACUCGGGCAAAGUGAACGCGGCCCUCCGUCAGCUGAACCAGGCGCGCAGGUCCGCUCGCUGGACGCAGAGCGCGGCCAAGCGCAUGGUGCUGCUCUGCCUCGAGCAGAACUCUCCCGACGCGCUCAGUGAGGCGCUGGUCGCUAAUGAUGAAACCGACACACGUCUACUAGCUCUUAGAACAGCCGAGAAACUCCUAACAGAAGUAUCGCCGAUGGAACGUAAAGCGCUUCAAGCGCUUUUACAGCUCGCUACCAAACAAAAGUCCAGCGCCGAGCGAGUGCUGAACGAAAUACUACCACUGGCCGCUGAGGAAGGCUAUCAAGAUGACCCCUACCUUAUAUUGGCCAUUGCUAAUGCGUACAACAUCGUGAAACAACCAACUCGGGCUAAAAAUAUUCUCAAACGGACGAUAUCUUCUAUUCCUUGGACACCAGAAAAAGCAGAUGGCUUAGAAAGAUGCUGGUUAGAAGUUGCAGAUAAUCAAAUAAGUUCUAGUAGAAUGGAUGCUGCUAAAGAGAUUCUAACUAAAAUCAUAAAUCACAACAAUUCCUGCGCAGCUGCAUAUCAAUAUUUAGGUUUCAUAGCAGAAAAGGAGCAAAACUAUAAAAUGUCAGCUUUUAAUUACGAUAAGGCUUGGAUACACACGGGAAAGAACGAUUUAGCUGUGGGAUACAAGUUGGCCUAUUCUUAUUUAAAAAUGAAAAAAUAUCCAGAAUGCAUUGUCGUUUGUAGACAUAUUUUAAAAAUUCAUCCAGACUAUCCUAAGAUUAAGAAGGACAUACUUGAAAAGGCUAAAACUAAUUUAAGAACU